AUGUUGUUACCAGCGCGGAAACGUUCGCUAUUUUUCAAAAUAUUCAUAUUGGUACCAGUUGUAUGGAUAUGUGUAGUGUUUUAUUUUGCUGUCGUGGAUCACGCAAGUACGAUUCAUGACAAUAAAGCAGAAGCGGCAAAGCGAAUGCCACGGGUACCGCUUGUACAGGGUUUCGGUCCGCCGAUAUCGAACGAGAAAAACGAGGAAGCAAAGCCAGCACCUAAAGACAAAGACAUCGGAGAGGAAGAAGACAAGAAGCUGUCGCCUGAGGAAAAGAAGAAAUACGAUCUGGGCUUCCAAAAUAACGCUUUCAAUCAAUACGCGUCUGAUAUGAUAUCAAUACAUCGGACGCUUCCGGAGAUUCUUGACAAAGAUUUUAUAUAG